CACCCAGAGAUGAAAUGCGUGGCCUGGGGCUGGGUCCCUUGCAGCCAGUCGCUGGCCAGCCUCUGGCUGCGGAGCUGUGCCAGCGCUGGGGCCGAUAAUUGGAUGCAUGUUUCUUCCAAUGAGUUUGUAUCAUUUUUAUGUAAAUUUGACAUUUUCCUGAUGUUCUGUAAUGUGCACAAAGCAAGUGCCGUUCCUGCCGUCGGCAAAGCCUAUUUCCUUCCUGUCUGAAGUGCUGUGUUGAUUUAAGGGCCUGCUAAUAUGCACAGCCGGGCCCCCCCUCGUGCACACGCACGUGCUCACAUGUGGCUUACCGUCUCUGAUCUCUCUCCAUCAGCCUCAUGUGCAGCUCCCAGGCACCAAACCCUAUGUCCAACCUAGGACCGGGGCCAUCCUACACUGGGACAGCAUGGAGCUGGGCUCCCCAGGACAGCAAAGCACCUUCUUUAUCCAUCUCAUGUGCCACCAAAUCCCCAGUAGGACCACUGGAUGUCACUUGACUGUUUGGCUUAUCCUGAUGGAGGUGAAGAGGUCCCUCCAUGCCUGGCAUGCAGCCCCUCAGGGCUCUUUCAUCUCCUAGAAGAAGCUCUGGGAGGAGAUCAGAGCCCAGGAGCCAGAGGGGGAGGAAAGGAGAGGGCAACCAAGGGGCACCUUUCUGGCAGCACGGGAAGGUGCUGCCAAUUAACUGGUUUAAGAGGAUUGUGCAGAGGGAGCUGUGAACAUUGCUGCUUGGGAGUUGCCAGAGGGACUGGGGUGGAUCUGGCCAGGCAUCCUGCAGCACUCUUGGGUGGGGCUCUGCAUAUCCUGGUCACAGACCGCCUGCCCACGGGCAGCAACUAUGGCUCUGGGAGGCCCUUCCUGAGGUUGAGGGCACCCCCACUCCCACAUCCCCUGGCUUCUCGUGCUGCACAAUUUUCCUGGGCUCUGUCUGUGGCACAGGCAAGCGAGUUUCAAAGGCAGCGCUGCUAUUUAAAGCCCUUAUUGUUCGCGUCCUUGACACCGACAGCUACAUCCUGCUGUCGUUCGAUGAGAGCGCAUCCUGGCCCGGCCAGCCAGAGGAAGGCAGCUAAUGAAGAGCAAGUGCAAAGACGCCUCUUCUUUGUCCUGUUCACAAAGCAGCUUCCCAAACAGUCCCCCUCCGCCCUUCACCGGACGGCUAUUUAUAGCUCCCCUUCCCUAGGGCAUGCCGGGGGUCUCCUCCAGACAGUGAUGCCCUGGGAUCCCUUCAGUGGGCAAUUCUCUGACCCCUCAGCCCUGAGAGCUGACCACAAACAUGUCCCAUCCUUGCAUGCUCCCCUACCAGGGACAGCCACGAGGACAGCUGGGUCAGCCAGGGCCAGGGAGAGAGUGGGCUUCCCAUGGGGUCAGCUCCCUACCCAGCCCUGGCAGCCAGUGUCCCUGGGGGAGCUUCUCCAUCUGGGCAGCAUAGCUGCCUCUCUCCUCUUCCUCACUGUAGGCAAGUGCACAUAUGCCGCUGCUGCUCCCCUGCCUACCUUAGGUGCAGGGCUGCACAGCUAUGGGACACAACAGAGGCCUGAGUGCCCCAUCCGAACCCUCCAUGACCAGGGCAGCCUGCCUCCUGGGCUCCUGAUCACCGUGGGCAUCUGCUGCACCCCCGUGCCAGGUGCUGCUCUCUCCAGCAAGAGGCUUUGACAGGAAAUUAAAGAUUAAUGUUCCCUGCGGCACCUGUGCCGGCGGCGCCCACGGUGCCGAGGACGUGCCCAGCAUGGCAACCUGGGUGGGGGGGCUGGGGCACAGGUGCCCAGGGCAUUUGACCAGAGAGCAGGGGGACUGUGCAGGAGGCAGAGGUGGGACUGAGGAAGGAAAAGAUGUGUCCCCUGUGCACUGAGACACUGUCACUGCAUCAGGCAUCCAGAGCCAGGCAGGGAAAUGCCACUCUGUAGGUAGGGCAGCACCAGCGUUGAGGAGGGUUGCAGGUCUCAAGAUUCUGCACAGAGCCCUCAGCCCAUUCCCCACCUCCUUCAAGGUGAGGAGCCACCAUCCCCUCGAGGGGACACCCCAUGGCAGGCCAGAGGAUCCAGCACUUGGCUAACUGGCCACCUGGCACAGCGAGCUGAGCCAUGCAGCUGAGCAGGCAACAUGAUGCCAGGAGCAUUUCCUCCCUCCCACUGGGAGGAGAUUAAGCUCAGCCGAGCUCUGGCUGGCAGCGACCAUGCCCACACAGCUGCAUUUGUGGCUGCAGCUGCCAACUCAGAUCCCAGUGCAGUCGGGUACUGCACUCUGCUGCAUCCACUGCCCACUCUCAUGGCACUCCCACCCGCUCCCAGGGCACAGCUCUGUGCCAGAACACUUUGAGCUCUGUACCAACUCCCACAGGCACAUGCUGAGGCUCACAAGGGUGGUGGGACCUGUUCCCCCACUGCCUGUCCUGGACACACACCUACUGUGACCAUGGGUCUCUCCCCGCGAACACCGGGCACCUUGGUGUGCAGGGCUAUGGUUUUGUGAAAUACGGCCCCUAUAAAUCCCGUCGUGUGCGUGCCAUAAUUCUCAAUAUAUUUUCAAAUAUAGUUCAAUUAUUUUUCCCAUAUAUCAUGGAGAAAUUGCAUUGGCGAGUGGCGGCGCUAAGCAGGGAGCGCGUGGCGGGGCGGCGUUAAUAGGAUUGUGCAUGGUAUUAUGCAUGAGGUCGUUCAGGACACAGUGGGGAACCUCCCGUGCUCUGGAGAGACGAGAAAGAAUAAAUCAGGCUAUUAGCCCAGCACCUUGCUCAGGUCUGCAGGGGAUUAAUCUCUGCGGCAUUUAGGGAUCCCAGCUGGGCUGUCUCCCUGGGCUACUCCCAGGAGCUCUGUCCCACUCUCUGCCCACAUCUGCCCAAAGCACUGGGGAGCAGAGGCAGUGCUGAACAUGCUAGAAUCACCAAAGUGGGUGUGACACCAGGGAGCAGGUUUUCCAUGACUGCAUGCAGGACAGUCCCCAGGCCCAGUGUAGAGGCUGGGUGUCCUGGCACCUUCUCUGGAACAGCUUCAUCCUUGUCUUGAGCUUGCAGCCCUUGCUCCAGCCCUGUAUGAGGCCCUAGCAGCUUUGUGCCCCAUGUCAUGCUGCAGGUGGGCAGCAUGGGGUACCCUUGCUCUAUCUCACCAUGAGACAGUAGCUCAGCCAGCAGUACCUUCUGUGGGAGCAGCCACAGCCUUCAGGACAGCCAUAUAUAAUCAGCCAGGACAGGCACAUUUCCUUCAGUUUUCCAUGAAUAUUUAUGCAAUUUGUGCAGAGCUGCCUGAGCCGGUCUGCCGAACCAGAAGGGAUAUGUCAGCCUGGCCCUCCACCUUCCUCCCGGUCCCGUGGGAGCCCCCUGGGGCUGGUCCCUCUUGGCUGUGCCACUGCACAUACCUCCAGGACACAGCUGCAAGCAGUGAGAUGGGAAGUGAGGGUCCUGGGAACAGUGACCGUGGGGAUGGGUGUAAGGGAUGGCAAAGUGUUCAAGGUAGGGUUAGACACUGCUAGACUGGGUUUGCAGUGGGAACAUCUGCACUAGCCACAAACCCUGUGAACAGCACUGAAAGCAGGUCCCGGACACUGAGCUCAGGGACUGCUUUCCUGCCUGUCCACCUGGGAGAGCCAAUCAGCCUCAGCACCACCUCGUCUGCUGCCAGCUGAGAGGAAGCCCAGCAUGGAAGUAGCAGGAGAACUUGGUUAUAUCUCUCCAGGGUGCCUGUAUGUGGGGGCAACUGGAAUUACUACAGAGGCCAGACAUCUAGGGCUGCCUCUGCACCAGGAGCAGGCAGGAUGUUCCCUCCUCAUGCACAGGGCUUGGCCUGCUCGGAGCAAUUAAGAGGCUCCUGGUGCUUGACAGAUGCCACCCUGGCUGGGUCCUGGGGGGCUGCCUGGCCCUGCAGUUGGUGCCCCAUAGCAGACAGGGAGGUGAAGGACCUGCAGGGCCAGGGCAUGGGUGUUCCCUGGCAGAGGCAGAGCUGGCAGUGCCAGAGCAAGCAGCAAGUGCAGGUGAGGUUUACAGUAAAGGGAAAAACAAAUUAUUAAUCAUGAGAGCAGCCCCAGCCGGGCUGUCAGGGCCGCAUGGGCUCAUGAAUAUUCAGCAUCGGGCUGAGCACUAAAUCUCAUUUAAAUGUCAGGGACCAUUAGGCAGACAGGGAGGGGGCUGGGAUGGCAGCUCCCCACUCUGUGCCAAGCCCUGCACCAGGCGAAUGGGCUGGGACGGGGGUGCUGGCACCCCACUGGCACCACUUGGCAGGGACCACACUAGUGCUCUGGGCAUCCCUAGCCCAGCACCUGAGUGUUCCCUGGAAGAGCCUGAGAUCCCGAUACCUCUGCUAACCCUGAACGUCUUCUGAUUGCUGAUGGGGGCUGACAACGCACACUAAGCACCCUACAGAUGCAGACACCACCAGCCACAUGUCCUGCCUGCCCCCUGGCAGAGGAACAAACCCUACUGGAUCAUCAACCCAGUCAUGCUUAGCCUGGGAGGACACAGUCUCCUGGCCCCUGGCAUCCUGGCCAAUCCUCCUUACUCCUCAAGGCACACACAGGAGCAGCUUCAUGUCCUUCCCUGGACACAGAGCUGGUGGAUGCCAGAAGGGUGUCAGAAGGCUGUCCAGAGGGAUAUCCGGGAGGACUGAGGCCAUGCCAGGGAGUAGUGGGCAGAACACUCAGGGGUCUGCACACUUGGCAUCCUCCUUUGGAGCCCAUUUCUUGGCAGUGCCUGGGCACCAUCCCUUUCCAUGCCAAGCACCCCUCCUCUCGAGCCACCUGCCUGCACCCAGCCAUCCAUACUCAGGGUGGUUGGUGGCUCCCAGUGGUGCCCACAGCGGUGGCAAUGACAGCAGGCAACAGCAGGUAGCAGCAAGGAGCAAGCACACCUGGGCACUGCCUCCUGGUGCUGGCACUCACACUCUCUUCAGCUCAGCAGGGGCCUGGCAAUUACACGGAUAUGUUUAAGCUCUUAAUCCUACUGAAGAUUUUUCCAAGGUCGGGAUAUGAGGCAGGUCCCCAUACACUGCCAGGCUGCUAUGCAUCCCUGCUGCCAUCUGCCGGGAUAGGCCAGCUCAGGGACAUUGGCACCCUGGCACACAGUGGCUCUUCCCAUGCCUGGGCCACCAGCAUCCUUCCAUCCAUGGCAUGGCCACAGCCUUGAGCCUGCUUGCAUCUCCUGCCAGCUGGAGGCAGGUGUGGGCAACCCUCCUUGCAGGUUCUCCAGCAUAUCCUGCUUCCAGCUGACAUUGGUGUCAGCCCCUGGUACCUCCCCUGGCUCUCCCACCUCCCAGCUCCAUCAGCUCCCUGAUGUUGCCCUAUGCUGCCCCAUGGGAAGUGUGAUGGGUGGCCUGGCCAGCAGGGCAUAGGAGACAUCUUGGACUUGUCAUGGAUGUCGCUGGGGAUCCAGAGCUGCUGCAUGCCCACCCAGGGGGAUACUGAAGAUCAGAGCUGCAGAAGAGUGCCUUGGCCUGGAACUGAGGAACCAAAGACAUGGCUCACAAACUCAAAAACGUCUAUAGUUUCUGGUACAGGCAGGUGAUAAUCUAAGAGCAGAAAAUGGCUCUAAGAUGGUGCAAACCAACCCGGGAAUAGGUCUGAAGACCACUGGAGUGCAGAAUCUUUUAACCGCAGCAGCUCAUCCUCUGAGCUAUGCUGGGGUGUUCUCCAAACACCUCCAGAUGAGCAGGGAUGCUUUAUGGGGCCAUUGCCCUGGCCCAGGGUGGGUAGUCUGCUGAUUAAAAGUAGGGAAAGUGACCAAGAGAGGAAAUAGGCACUCGGACUGGGCGGUGGCAUCUGGAAUUCCCCCUCCUGCUCUCUGCAUUGCUCAUUGGAAAUCAGCACCCACUCCCCAGCAUGGCCUCGGUCCUGCACCGUCCACUGUUGACAGCUGACAGAACCCUGCAGGACCUGCCAUUUCCUCCCUGGGAAGAUGUGUAAAUGCUGCAAUCCAUCACUGUCCUGUCUCCUGCAGCAGGCCAGCUGGCUGGGGGACGGGGCUCUGGGUGGGGCGUAGUGUCUGUCAUUACCAGCUGGAGGCAGUGGAACUCCUUGAGGCCAGUCCCAGGGGACAGUUAGAGGGUGAUGCACACUACACCUUCGGGUGCUGCUUGUGACCCUGCUGCACCAUUUGGAUCCAUAACUGAUAUCAGGUUCACCUUGCUGGGCAGGGACAGAUCCCAGAGCAGCACCGUGCCUGAUCUUCACCCUCAGAAUCCCUACAUCCUGCAAUCCUCUCAGAAAGAUGCUUCUCCAGCUCAGUACAUACUCCCUCCUGCUGCAGGAUGUUCUGGUGACCAGCUCAGGGUUUCCCUGCUUUCCCCUCAUUCAGCUACCCAGCAGUGCAGCCAUCCCACACACCAGCACACAGAAACACCAGCCUGUGCACCCCAAUGCAAUACCCCACUGUACCCUCCUCCUCUUGCGCCCCACAAGCCCCGUGGCACUGCCUGCACCCCACACCCCUGCAUCUCCUGCUGCUACUGGUUGGAAAGGUAAAAAAAAAUAUUAAUGAUUAUUAGGAAGAGCUAAAGCGGAAUUGCAAAUGUUAUUUCUCUGGUAGAUGGAUGAUAGCGAGGUGGAUGAUAGAUAGCUGGAUGGAUGGAUCUCUUUCCCUCCAAGCUGUAACCCCCUUCCAAUCGCUCCCUCUGGAGCGCUGCUGUCACCUUGUCUCUGCUCAGAAGGGCUUUUACUGGCUCACUGGGGGAUGCACGAGAACAGGUUAUUAAUACAUGGAGAGGGGGAUGGAAUCCAUUUGACUUGAAAAUAGCUGAGAAACUGAACUGCACUUUUAAAAUCUGCUUUUAAUCAGAAGGAAAAGAAGAGAAGUUUGAACAAUUAGGGAGUAAUGAAGAGCUUUGGAAAAAAAAAGCUCUCUGAAGAUUAGCUAAGAUUUUUACAGCACUUGGAGAAUUUAAAGAGCUAUGCUGGUAUCGAGCAAAACGAUACAAAUAUUCCUUGUGAAAAUCACAAGUGAUGGGACUGAUGGUGAGUGCCAGAGCCUGGAUGUCCACAGGCAGGCAAAGUGCCGGCUUGCUGUAAGCAGUGAUGCUGUGCUGCCUGCAUGCCAGGGCAGGCAAGCGGCUGGCAGUAGCUGGGCUCACCCUUGCCCCUGCCCAUGAAAGGUAAUGGGAGCUUGGCCAGGAGGGAACCUCAGCUUGGCCACGGAUAAAGAGUUGUGGUGGAAUCUCAGGUGGAAGCACAGCCACUAUGGCAAGGCUGAAUCCAUCCCUUUUACUCCAAGCCCUUGUCAAGCGGAGCAGGGGUGAUCCCCUAUGGAUUUGGGUUUUGUGGGGCCAAGGAUGCCCAGGAGAUGUUCAGGGGCAGGGACCAUUGAUGGCACAUCCCUAGAGGAGAGCUCAUGGAAAAGCUUCACUCAGGUGCUCCCUGAGGCUCAAGCACACGAUGGGCAGCUGUGAUGCUGGCGUCCCCUACCCUGAGCCAAGCCCUGGUCCUUACUGUGCAGGGAAGCCCACUAGUCAGGCCGUCUGUCCCAGGCGUGCUGGCGGCUGCUCCCUCCCAGUACCUGCCAAGGGCCCGUCACUGGGAGGUGAGCGCGGGGGCUGCACAGCCGUGCACAGCAGCAGCUGGGUAAUUUUCAUGCUAAGUGAAAAGUAAAGUGCACAGACUCUUUAUUAGAGCAAGCACGAUGCGGGGAACAAUGAAGGCAGUGAUGAUCGUUAACUUUCUAAUCGGAGGAGAAAAGUCCUCAAUGCAAUUUUUAUGGUAAUAACAUCGACACUAAAGAUAAUUGCUCCCCGCGUCGCGCUUAGCGCCAGGAAACUGUUUGGGAAAAAAACAUUAAUUUGCAGGAACUGAGCCAAAGUUUCCUUAAGGCAGCUGUUCCCUGUGCCACCCUGUCCCCAGUUCAUGCCAGUACUUCCCGUUGGCCAACCCGUUGCCCUUCCACCUCCACCCAUGCUGACACCCCUCAUCCCUUAUGCCAGCCAGGCUGGAUUUGCACCGUACUGGUGCUGGCUGGUGGCACAGGGCUCUCCCAGCAUUGCUCCCUGGGGCUCAGCUCAGCAAUGCUGGAGGCUGUGCAGCCCACCACUGUGGUGGUGGAAGAAGGCCAGGAACAUUUUGGGUGACAUGAUGGAGCAGCGCUUAUGCUGCAGUGAAGGGGACAGGCAGGGCUGCCCCAUGUGCCGGGACCACCGUGAGCAGGGCAGAAUGGGAACUCAUGCUCCCUGGGGAAUAAUAAGCACAGGAGAAAUUACAGCCAGGUGACAUUUUAACGAGCCGGCGUCCUGUGUGGCAUUAAUAUUCCAGGGGCUGCAAUUCCCUCGUGGGCGUUUGAGAGAUGAAAAAAAAUCCCAGCCCAGUAAAAUCAAAUAAAUAAAUCUCUGCCUAAGCGUGGCGUCUCCCCCGCCCCCGGCACGGAGCGGGUGGCACGCGGUGUGAUUUCCCCUGUGAUCCCCUGCUGCCGAGCAAGCAAUCGUCUCAUCUUUGAGCGUGGCAGCAGGAUGAUUUAUCCUGGCUCCCGGCGCCCCAGCUGGGGUGAGAGCAUAGGGCCGGGGAUGAUGCAUUGGGCAGGAGCAGAGGUGGCAGCAGGGGGAAGGCGGGAGAGCAGGGCGCGCACACAGGCCACCACUCAAUUCUAAAUUAAUUUUAAUAUUUGACAAAUCAAAUCUACUUAGGUGAGCCAUGGGCCAUGCGAGCGAGAUUUAUGAGGGUUCGGGGCUGUUGGCUGCGUGUGUAGCCCUUGUUCACCGCUGCCUAACGGGGUUCUGGCACUCACAGCAUCACUAACUCCCCCCUUCCCAGGAGCAGGGAUACAGACAGUGAAGCGGCAUGACAGUGGCAAGAAAAAUGUCCUAGACUCUAAGAUCUGGCUUAUUAGGCUGGCAGGAGUGACAGAUCUUUUGCCUGCCCCACCUCUGAGCCCUCCAGCAGAGCUGGAAGUCAGGGCACAGUCCUGGCUACAGCUGGACAUGGUACCUAAUGACCAGGAUAUCUCAGGGA